GGAGUCAAAACACCGAACAGAUAUCUGCGCACACCUCCACGCUUCUGGUCGUGGCUUUACUAUGGUUCACACAUGUGUGGUGGCUGGUUGUAGGAACAGAAGGACACCGGGCACCGCGUUAUCUUUCUACCGUUUCCCCCGGGACCCCGAGAGGAAGCAGCGGUGGAUAGCUGCUGUUAACCGGGAGGGCUGGGUGCCUAACGACGGCAGCAGGCUGUGUAGUACUCACUUCAUCUCAGGUAAACAGGUGAAGAACCCACGUUCUCCAGAUUAUGUUCCUUCUGUGUUCACGCCCGCUCCCUUAUCCCCAGAGAUGAAGGAGCCCAGUUCCCUGGAGAUCCUGGACAAGCAGGAGGCCCGCGUGGAGGCGGCUAACGCCUUGCUGUUCCUGCAGGGCCAGGGCAGCUCAGUGAGGGGGGAGCGAGGCCAGGAGGAGCAUCCUGAGGAGAGGGAGCAGGAGACGGCUGUGGAGGAAAGUGCGUCGUCUUCCCUCAGCAGCGAUGAAGACGAUGACGAGGAUGAUGAAUCUAUUGACUGCAAGAAAGGAAAGUUUGCUCCUAACACGUCGGACGCAGCGGUUAACUUUGACAAUGUCCUGAAAGCCCUGAAGAAGGAGAACCAGACCCUCAGGGACUCUUUGGACAAAAUGGCCCUCUCUGAGAACUCCUUGAGGAACGAUGCAGAGAAGGUCAAGUUCUACACUGGUUUACCAAACUACUUUGUCCUGGAGACGGUCAUGUGGCUGCUGGCACCUCACAUGGACGGCAUGAAAACUGUGAAGCUCUCCAAGUUCCAGCAGCUGCUUCUGACGCUGAUGCGACUCCGCCUGGACCUCCGCAACCAGGACCUAGCCUACCGCUUCGGAGUUAAAGUCGGCACGGUGACCAGGACGGUGCACCAGAUGGUCAACAUCAUGUCCUCCACUCUGGUGCCGACCGCCGUCUUCUGGCCCUCCAGAGCCGAACUUCGUAAGAACCUGCCUGUCGCUCUGCGCUCGUCCCACCCCGACUGCGCUGUCAUCAUCGACUGCUUCAUGGUGCCUUUUGAGGAGCCGGUUUCCCGAGGCAACCACCAGCAGCAGCAGAGGGUGGUGGCGAGCUCUCAGGGGGGCGGGACAAGUUAUAAUGUGUUGAAGUAUCUGAUUGGUGUUGCUCCACAAGGCGUUGUAACGUUUGUGUCUCGGGGCGUUCUGGGCAACGUUGGGGACAAAAGCCUGGCUGAGGGCUGUGGGUUUCUCUGCAAGCUCCUCCCGGGAGACGUGGUGUUGGCGAGUCGAGAUCUGGACAUUGCAGAUUCUGUGGCUGCAAGAGGAGCUUUGUUUAAAAUAGCCGGCAGCUACCAAGGUGAAGCGAGCUCACCUCUGCCUGACACUUCCUCUGAGACAGUGAGUGUGCAGAGGCAUGUGCAGAGGGUGCUCUCCGUGGUGAAGCAGAGGUACGCCAUGCUCACCGGCCCCGUGGAGAGCCCCUUCACCAUGGUCUCCGAGCGCACCUCCAACCUCUCAACAUUUGAUAAGAUUGUGCAAGUUGCUUGUGCCUUAAACAACCUGUGCAUCUCUGCUGCUCCACUAGAGUGAUUCGUACAGAAAUGCCUAGUGCUCCUUAAUGCUGGCCACUUAAGUUCCCUUUACUGCUUUGGACCUUGUUCCACGUUCUCCCUCACUACAUCCCAGUGUCAACACUACAUGAUUCCUGAAUUAAACUGAGUUAUAUAUAUUUACUUUAUUUUACACUUGGACUGGAAGUGACACCCUGUUGUCUAGGUCAGUUUGUAAUUGGUAUAAGGAGCAAACCCAGAAACCACAUUGCUAAAAUGUUAUGUCUUUACAGUUUGAUGUUUUGGAGUGGGGUUGGUUGAGGUACGUGAAAUAUUCAGUUUGCCACUUUCAGUAAAUGGCGGAUUGCAACGCUUCUAGUUCUGAGAAGCAGACAAGAGUACCGGCAUGAAAGUAAAGCAAUAUACUAUGGACGGUGGCAGCAGCAAUAUGUAAAUUAGCCACCUUACAAAAUAAUUAUCAGUUUAAGCGUAUGACAUAUUUUUGCUUCUGUAACUUGCCGUGAGACAGCUAUAACAUUUAUGUUUCUGACAGGGAAAUAAAGCCAUUAUUUGGGCUCUCUCCAAAGCCGCCUCAACCUGUCAUUUUACCUCUUAGAAAACAGUAGUUUUGCUUCAAACGGUAACUUUGUUUGUAUUAUUGUGUGACUAACUUAACCAUCACAAUAAUAAACAAACCAACCAAUCAAGGCUAUAGACCAGCAACCGCUCUUUACGAGGUGGCUGUAAUAUGUUCUGCUACUAUGUUAGAAGUACCUUAUACAACCCCACUUCAAAACACCUGAACUAUCCCUUUAACUUGAUAUUCGUUGAGGUAUAUUAGCUGCAGUUCAUGUAGUGCACACAAUGUUCUCACUUAUUUAAUCCUGUGCAUUGCGAGAGUAUUUUUCAACCGCUAUGAAUACUGCAGCAGCUGAUCCACGGAUUGAUACCUCCCUCUGCUAAACCGGCUCUAUCUUAUGAAUCAAUAACUGUAAACACAAAGCGAUAUGAAACAGAGCAGCAUGUUGAAGCUCCUCCAGGUUUCUCCUGCCUGUUCAGCAUGUACAGAUAUCAACAUGUCAUUGUUAAUGAGGGUUUUAGGGGUUAUUUAUUUUUACAUUUUCACACAUUUUGCCAGCCAGCUAGAUUUUAGAACAAUUGAACCCAAUCACUCUGGGAUGAUUAGCUACCUGUUAGCACAACUCCACCCACAGACCAGUUUACCACCAUCUGGUGUUAACCAAUCUGCUGUAGAAACACAGCUUAUUUCCAGUGGGUUUUCAACAAUAGCUUCCAGGUGCAUCUUGGGAUGUCUUCUUCAACUUUACUGGGGUUGAUUAUUAAAAUGUCUGGGUGGAAAACGGCUGAAAAAGAUGAACGUUUUCACCACAGGUCAGGAUAAACUACAUUACAGCACUCAUUGUCGGCUAGAUGGAUGUUUGCAAUUCAGUGAUUUUGUAAUUAACAAUGAUGUCAAUAUUUGUCACAAUAAUGUAAAGGUUAUUUUUUUUUGUCCUGGUUAAAAUGGACACUUGCUUUUGUUUCCCAGUAUGUACGUUAGUCCAUCGACACAUAAGUGUUAGGGGGGUCAAUGUGGGCUGAAAUUAAAGGGGACGUUUGGAUUUUUCAUGUGGGGUUGUAUGAGAUUAUCUAAAGUCGGUGAAUUAUCUUAAUUAGUUGCCAGAAUGAGGCAAGAGUUAUGGCACGCAAGAAAAGCAAUUUACUACUGGAAAGCAGCAAGAUCUCAUAGAGCCAUAUCAGAUUAUCAAUAUCAGUAUCAGUUAAAGCGAUAAUUAGACCAUUUUUAUCGCUUUACAUUUCUGUCUGUCAGCCCUUUCCUUAAAGGAACUGACGCUGGGAUCUUUUCUCUCUUGAAAGCCACCAAACUCCUACGAGAAAGACCUUUUUUUUUUUAUCUCACAGGACACAUAAGUGGCUGGUUUACGUUCUGAGUCAAUCUAUUAGUUUCUUUGUGGGUUUUUUUAAAAUUCUGGUUGGCUUUGAUUCUCUAAAGUCACACAAUAUCACACAACGUACUAACCGAUCAUGGAGACCAGCAACUCCUGUGUUCUGUGACAUCAAAUACAAGUUUUCUUCAAUGGAGUCUGGUGGUUUUAAAUGGCAUAGAAAACGGGUCCAGUCCCUCUUGGAAAGAGCUUUCUGACUGCAAUGUAAAGCGGGAAUCCAUCAGUUCUCCAAACUAGGGUCAAGUUGACAACCAUCAACUGUAUUUAGUCAUUCACUCGCUAUGAGUAAAUACCUAAAAAAUCCCCACUUGAAAUCCAAACAACCCCCUAAAGCGCGAUUCUCUCCUACAUGCUUCUGCAAUUCUUUACAGUCACACUGACUCAAAGCUUCAUUACAGAGGCGUUAUGAAAGGAUUGUUGUUGAUUUUUUCACAGACACUGAAGUGUUUAGCGACAACAGUGACGUCUUAGCUGAGCACGUCUCUCUGAGAAUAUACAUUACAUUUGUGAGCGUUUAAUUCUCAUCAUGUUGUUUUCAAAUUGAUUGUAACUGUUUCGGACCAUGAGCACACACCACAGAGAUGUUUCUGUUACAUACAGAACAUGCUGGAGGCUAUUUUGGAAGAAACAUUACGCAUUUCUUAUGUUUUUAAUAGUUUGUCAAAUUAAGCUAAGAUAUGGGCUUACAUGUAGUCACAUAAACUGAAAUAUGUUUUUUUAGAAACACUUUAUCUUGCGUAAUACAGACCCUGCUUAUUCGUUGUCCUGCUUUGCUGGUGCCUUAGUUUUUCAAGCUGGUACUUUCGGUAAAAGUCAGCCUGCUUUUUUUCUACAAAUAGAAAUGUUUUGCUUCAUGCAUCAUGCACUAGACCUUUUUUCUGGUUACUAUGCUUAACGUCUGCAUCUCUUAUUAGUCACUGGUUUUAUGUGUGCUGUAAGAAAUGUUCCCUGUAUGUUUAAUGGUCUUCACCCUCUGCCAUUCAAUGUGUUUUAAUUUCAAAUGAUACAUGUUAC